GUGCCCUCCGGAGCGCCGGGCAGCCGAGCGGACGAGCCGCGGGGAGCGCGGCUUUUGCAUGUGCGGCUGCUGGAUGCGGAGGCGGCGGCGGCGGCGGCGGCGACCGGGAGCAGCAGCGGCGGCGGCAGGAUGUUAGGGCAGCAGCAGCAGCAGCAGCAACUGUGCUCGUCGGCCGCGCUCCUGACCGGGGAGCGGAGCCGGCUGCUCACCUGCUACGUGCAGGACUACCUCGAGUGCGUGGAGUCGCUGCCGCACGACAUGCAGAGGAACGUGUCCGUGCUGCGGGAGCUGGACAACAAAUAUCAAGAAACAUUAAAGGAAAUUGAUGAUGUCUAUGAAAAAUAUAAGAAAGAAGAUGACUCAAACCAGAAAAAACGCCUACAGCAGCAUCUCCAGAGAGCUUUAAUCAAUAGUCAAGAAUUGGGAGAUGAAAAAAUUCAGAUUGUUACACAAAUGCUUGAGUUGGUGGAAAAUCGUGCGAGACAAAUGGAGUUACAUUCACAGUGUUUCCAAGAUCCUGCUGAAAAUGAACGAGCCUCAGAUAAAGCAAAGAUGGAUUCCAGUCAACCAGAAAGAUCCUCGAGAAGACCCCGCAGACAGCGAACCAGUGAGAGCCGCGAUUUAUGUCACAUGACAAAUGGGAUUGAAGACUGUGAUGAUCAGCCACCUAAAGAAAAGAAAUCCAAGUCAGCCAAGAAAAAGAAACGUUCCAAGGCCAAGCAAGAAAGGGAAGCUUCCCCUGUUGAGUUUGCAAUAGAUCCCAAUGAACCUACAUACUGUUUGUGCAACCAAGUGUCUUAUGGGGAAAUGAUAGGAUGUGACAAUGAACAGUGUCCAAUUGAGUGGUUUCACUUUUCAUGUGUUUCACUUACCUACAAACCAAAGGGGAAAUGGUAUUGUCCAAAGUGCAGGGGAGAUAAUGAGAAAACAAUGGACAAAAGUACUGAAAAAACAAAAAAAGAUAGAAGAUCGAGGUAGUGAAGGCCGUCCACAUUUUAAAGCGUUAUUUGUCUUUUAUAUAAUUCGUUUACUUUCAGAAAAUGUUUUAGGGUAAAUGCAUAAAGACUAUGCAAUAAUUUUUAAUCAUUAGUAUUAAUAGUGUAUUAAAAGUUGUUGUACUUUGUCUGUGACCUUAAUUUUCUGCACUGAAUUACCAAAUAUUUUAAACCAGGUAGUCUUCAGAUCACCUGAUGAGAGGAGCAGGGAACAGGGAGAGUGGGGGUGUGAACAUUAUAAAGACAUCACAAAAAACCAUGCCUAUUUCAUUUUCACUUAAAACUACAAUGCUGUUUUUGGGGAAAUAAACACAAAUUUUGCUAGCAUUUUAGUUCUAUGUGCUUCAAAAAAUUUAGAUAUUGUUGGAUUUCUCUCUAAGCAUCAGAUUAUCUUGGGUAAUUUAAAAUAUGAACACUAUAUGGUUUAGAGCUUCUUUUUCCCUAGCCCCAUCUAUUAUACACCUGUUCAUCUCUAGUCUUCCAGGAAUUUAUGGAACUAGAGAUAAGAAUAAUUUGGGAUUCCAUGUGGAAUAAUGUGCUCUUAUUAGAGUAUUUGCUGCUGUAUUUUCCUUAGUAGCAUUUUGAUACACUGUCAGUAGUCCAUUUGUAAAUGCCUUGCUGCUUCUUCACAGAUAAAAUUAAUCUAGUGCUUAAUAAGGGAUUUGUUUUGGUUUUGUUUUAAUUGGGACAGGUAACUAGUUAGGACACCAGAAAUGCUGCCAUUGGAUUGUAUUGGCAAAAUUUGGGUUAUGUAGAAUCAUGGCUCAAGGUUGAGCAAUUGAAAAAACACAUCUUAGUAUUUUUCCAUGUGACCCACCACUGGGAUGCUUAGCCAGAGGCCUAUCAGUGGGAAAAGGGCAUAUACUAGUCUUAUAAAUAUUGCCUUUAUAUCAAACAGUUGUUUUAGAUGUUUUUGCUAGUGGCAAUAGUCAGUUCAUUUCAGUCUCAAUCAGUGAUUAUAUAUUAUUUUAAAUAAUAGUGUAUUUACCUUCUUAACUUUCUAGUAUUGGUGCUGUUUGAUGUUUUCCUGUUUGAUGAGCUAAUUUCAUUAUAAUAAUGCAAUUAAUAAUGUAUUUGUAAAUUGAAUUUUCCAAGAUUCUGAUAUUUUAAGGAUAAGCAUCUGAUGGAUACGUGUCCACAUGUUUGAAGAAAAGUUUGGUUUUGGGGGGCAGCAGAUUGACUAGUCCUUUAAAUCUUUGUGUAACAUACUUUUUUAUUCAUUUCUUCCUAAUCUGAUGAUCUUGAUUCUUUUUGAUUAACAUGUGAAAAAUCCUGUCUGCUUGUUUGGAAAAAAAAAAAAUUGUUUUUUUUCUCUUCUCA